CUGUGACAUCCUGCUCCUCAAGGCCAUGAAGCAGAUGCUGGACUUUGCUGACAAUUACUUUGACAACUGUCAGAAAGCUGGUGUUGGGAAAAUGGGAAGUGGGAGCAGUACCCCAGUGACAGAGGAGAACAAACCAGAGCUCCUUGGGAAAGCCUGGAGGGAUGUUAUGUGGGACCACAGCACACGAACUGAUCUCAAGCAAUACCUGCAAGAUUACAAGCCCAACAUUGAUUCAGUGCCUCAGGCUCGGAUUCUUCUAAUUGGUCAGAUUACAGCUGGAAAAUCAAGCUUCUUCAACUCCAUCAACUCUAUCUUCCGUGGCAACAUUACAAGCCAAGCUGCAGUAGGAGAAAUGAAAACCAGCCUGACCUUGAAGUAUCACACUUACCAGGUGAAAGCGGGCCGAGGCGGACAGCCUCUGGGAUUCCUACUGUGUGACACCAUGGGACUGGAAGCAAGGGAGGAUGGAGGGGUGAGAACUGAAGAUAUUGAGAGCAUCCUGAAGGGCUACAUACCAGACAAGUACCAGUUCAACCCUGCGCAGCCAAUGAAAGCUGAUAACUCUCAGGCAUGGAGCACAUUGGCUCUUAAGGACAGGAUCCACUGUGUGGUGUAUGUGAUGGAUGCCUCCACAACUGGAAUUGUGGACCAAGGAAUGAAGAAUAAAAUUGAUGAAAUCAGAAAGAGAACUAACUCGGCAGAGGUCCCUCUAAUGGUGCUACUGACCCAUGUGGACAAAGCGUGCCCACAUGUGGAAAAGGACUUGAAGAAGGUGUAUCACAGCUGCUACAUAAAGGAUCUGAUCUACAGAGCUAGCGAGUGUCUGGGCAUCCUACCAUCAAAUGUGAUUCCAGUGAAGAAUUACUUUGAUGAGAGUGAGCUGAGUGACACCUGUGACAUCCUGCUCCUCCGGGCCAUGAAGCAGAUGCUGGACUUUUCUGACAAUUACUUUGACAGCUGGGAGGACGACACAGAGUAGAUGAAUUGAUCAUAUUGAGGGGUUGUGCCAUUGCCCUUCUCUGUCCAUGUCCUUGUGUUCUACACCACACCUUUGUUUCCUGUAAACCUGCGUUAGGCUCUUUCUGUACCUUUCCGACACAGAAACCUUUUCAUAACCUGGAUUUAUAAUUGUCUUGUCAUUUGAGUAUGAAUGAUGCUUAGAUAUAUUCUAUACAAUAUAUAUUCGAUAUAUCCUUUAUAUAUGUGUAUCCCCAAAGAAAUCUCCUCAAUUAUAGAAGUACAUAUGGACUUGAUGUUUUUCCUAGACAGCCCAGUCUUACAAGAGAAACAAAAUAGUUGAUUUUCACAGCAUUUUCUUCCCGGCCAAUGCCUUCUCUAGUUAAACCAUAGAGACUAUACUAUCUCGCGUAGUCACUGGCUAACAUACAAUAGCCAUUUCUGUGGUUUUUGUUCUCUUGCCCUAUUCAUCACAAUCGUGGUGAAUUUAAAAAAAUCUGUUAAGUCAAAAA